UAGCUCUUGUGUGUGUUCGAGUCGCUGGUUUCAUCGAAGCGGGCAGGAUGGGCAAGGCCGAGUUCCUCACCCCCAAGGCAAUCGCCAACCGCAUCAAAUCCAAGGGGCUGCAAAAGCUGCGCUGGUAUUGCCAAAUGUGUCAAAAGCAGUGCCGGGACGAGAAUGGUUUUAAAUGUCACUGCAUAUCGGAAUCCCACCAACGACAGCUUCUGCUGGCAUCUGAGAACCCACAGCAAUUUAUGGAUUAUUUUUCAGAAGAGUUUCGCAAUGAAUUUCUUGAGCUGCUUAGAAGACGUUUUGGAACGAAGCGCGUUCAUAACAACGUUAUCUACAAUGAAUACAUCAGCCACCGAGAACAUGUUCACAUGAAUGCAACGAUGUGGGAAACGUUGACUGACUUCACCAAGUGGCUUGGCAGAGAAGGUUACUGCAAAGUGGAUGAAACACCAAAGGGUUGGUACAUUCAGUACAUUGAUCGUGAUCCAGAAACCAUCUGUAGACAACAGGAAUUGGAGAAAAAGAAGAAGCAAGAGCUGGAUGAUGAGGAAAGAAAUGCCAAGUUUAUUGAAGAGCUAGUUAGAAGAGGAAAGGAAGGAAAAGAAGAGGAUGUCCCAGUUUUUACAGAACUGAAGAGAGAAAAUGAGGAAGGGAAAGUUGCCUUUAAUUUAAACAAAGGACAAAGUGCUUCAACAGCAGCUUCUAAAUCUAGUAUUUUGACGCCAAAUCCAUUGCAAACAAUAGCAUCAGUAAAACGAAAGGAAUCGGGUCCCACUUCUUCAGAAACAAAAGACAAGAAGAAAAAAUCUGCAUUGGAUGAAAUAAUGGAGUUUGAAGAACAGAAAAAGCGAAGUCUGAGAAGAGAUCAUUGGCUUCACACUGGAAUUGUCGUUAAAUUAAUAACUAAGAAACUUGGGGAAAAAUAUUAUAAGAAGAAAGCAGUGAUAAAGGAAGUUCAAGAAAAGUACACAGCAAUUAUCAAAAUGAUUGAUUCUGGAGAUAAACUAAAAGUUGAUCAGACUCAUUUGGAGACGGUCAUCCCAGCCCCUGGUAAGAAACUGCUUGUUGUGAACGGUGGUUAUCGAGGGAAUGAGGCUAUUCUGGACUCAAUACACGAACAAAGCUUCAGUGCUACAAUAAUCAUAGAUUCUGGACCGCUGCAAGGACGGAAGGUUGAAGGUGUACAGUAUGAAGAUAUUUCAAAAUUGGCUUAAACUUUCUUCAAAACUGGGUUUGAUAUUUUGACAGUUCAAAGCAUCAUGUUGAUGUCCAAUGAUUUUUUUUUUCUCUAGUGCAGACUCUACUGUGUCAGAGUUCUAGAACAUAUUCAUCAUUCAUGUACCACUUUGGAUUUUUUAUUUUAUCUCUGCUUCACUCUAAUAUAAUGCAUUUCAUUAUUUCCUCUGUUAAGGGAGCUGUUGCAAAUACUUUGUUAAAUAUAAUUAACAAAUAGAGUUAGCUAUUUAAGUGUUUUAGACUCGAUGUCAGUCAAAAUGCAUUAAUUUAUAUUUGAAUCAGAAUAAAAAUAAAACAUUAUUCUCAAAUAAAUGAUUGUUUUCCUUAUGGUUAUAAAAUGAAACACAGAGGAUUUUUUUUCUGGUGAAAUAAUUGGUGAAAGCAACUGAGGUUGAAUUUGAUUAAAUUGAUCCAUUAAUGAAAUGGUCGUGGAAAGCUUCAUUUUUAAUAGAAAAAAAAAUACAAGAUGUAAUAUAAAACAGACCUCAAGAAUAAACCUUACUGAACCUCUUCGAACUCAUCACUGUGAACUAAAUUCCUUUACUAAAUAAAGUUUACCUGAACUUCGAGAAAUAAUUACUCAGCUAAAACCAUCCACUUAGUUUUUGAUUCUAUUCACAUAAGCUUUUUAAAAGACGUUUCUGAAGCGUUAAUUGACAGUGUACUCAACACAAUUAAUUGCUCAGAUUCUGGCAGUUUUCCAGAUUCUUUACAAACCACAGUUUUUAAACCCCUGCUUAAGGAAAAAUUAAUCUAGACUGCUCUGUUUUGGACAAUUUUAGACUUAUUUCCAGCCUUCCUUUUCCUAAGUAAAAAUGUUAGGAAAAAGUAGUUUUUUGUCAUUUAAGUGAUUAUUUGAAUAAACAUUCUACUCUUGACAAAUAUCAGUCAGGUUUUAGAUCAAAUCAUAGUACAGAAACUGCAUUGCUUUAAGUCGUUAAUAACUUACAGCUUAAUGUCGAUACAGGUAACAUACCAGUUCUUGUUCUCUUGGAUUUGAGCACAGCAUUUGAUACCGUAGAUCACAACAUUCUCAUAAACCACCUUAGUCAAUGGCUGGGUCUUUCUGGUCCUGCCUUAAGCUGAUUUCAGUCUUGGAUAACAGGAUGAAAAUUCUUUGUUACCUGUGGUGAUUGUGUGCCUAAAAUCCAUGUUAUUGUGUUUGGUGGGCCACAAGGAUCAAUUCUUGGUUCGUUUUUAAUCUACAUGCUUCCAUUAGGUCAGAUUAUUUGAAAACACAAGGUGAAUUAUCACAGCUAUGCAGUCAACACAUAACUGUAUUUGUCUAUUACCCCAGAUGACCCUGAGGCUCUAAACCCGCUGGACCAGUCUCUUAACUAGUAUUACAGCAUUCAUUUUUCUUAAACUAAGUAAGGAACAAAUUGAAAUUUUGGUUGUAUUUGUAGCAAUUUUUAAAAAUUGCAAAUCUUAGAAAUAAACUUGAUCAUCUGGCCUUACAAAUCAAGCCAGGAGUAAAGAAUUUAGGUGUUAUUAUUGACGCUGAACUAAAUGUCAAAUUACCAUAUUAAUCAGAUUAUUAAGACUGCAUUCUUUCAUUGGGAACAUUGCAAGAGUUUGAUUUCUUACAACAUCUCAAGAUGCAGCAGAAUUGAUACAUGCUUUUGUUUUUAGCCAAUUAAACUACUGUAAUGCUCUUUUUUCAGGACUGCCCAAGAAAGAUAUAAAUCAGGGCAGCUUGUUCAAAAUGCAGCGGCAAGAAUGUUAACCAAAAAAAAAUCUGAGCACAUUUCACCAGUUUUGGCAUCAUACUGGCUGCUUGUGUCCUUUAGGAUCAAUUUUAAAGUACUCUUAAUUGCAUACAAGUCUCAGAAUAAUAUAGCUCCUCCAUAUAUUUUAGUGUGUCUGUCCCAUUACUUCCCUAAUUGUAAUCUUAGAUCCAUGAAUACUGAUUUGUUUAGUCUUCCUAGAGGCAAGCAUACAAGAACUAGUGAUAUAACUUUUUGCUGUUAUGCAUCAAAAGUCUGAAGUACUCAACUGAGAUACGCCAGGCUAGUACUGUGGAAUGUUUUAAAUCACUUCUAAAAAUCCUUAUUUAUCCUACUUGUAGGAUUACUUAAUUUCCUGUUGAUGCUGAUUACAAUUACAUUUGGUAUUUUCGAUUAUAUUUUAUUCAACACAAUGUUUUUCUUAUGAUUUUUAAUUUUGUGUUGUUUGUUGAUUUAUCUUUAGAAUCUAUGCAAUCUCAUGCAUCUUAAUGUAGGAAGGUGCUAUAUAAAUAAAGUUAUUAUUAUUUUCCAAUGUUAAAUAUUUCUUUGAAUGUACUGGAUUCAGAUUUUAACAUAGAACACUGAGGCCCUUCAGCCCAUGAUGUUUUGCUGUCCUUUUGCCCUACUCUAAGAUCAAACUAAUCUUUCCCUCCUACAUAGGCAAAUGGAUGAUAGAAAAAUGGAGGGCUAUCUGAGAGGUUCUUAAAUGUCCAUGAUAUAUCUGCCUCUACCACACCCCUGGCAAAGCAUUCCAUACACCCACCACUCUCUUAAAAAUAAACUUGCCUCUCCCUGUACUUUAAAAUUAUGCCCCCCUGGAAAUUGCUGAUUUAUCUUGCAUAACCUUAUACACAGUUAUGAUGUGCUUCCAUACAUUUGCCUGGUGUAUGUUGUCUUUAACUUCAGCCUCCUGGACCUGUGUGGGUUCUUGCCAAACAGCUGCCAGCUCAUAAAAGGAUCUAAAGUUUGUUGAAUAUACAGUAAAUUGAAUAUGACCAAUCUGAAAAGACCAAGAAAAUGUUAAAUUUAUUCCUAUUCAUCCAUUUUCUUCUUUCAUUUUGUGAAAGUAAGAGAACAUAGAAUAUUACAGUACUGGCCACUUGGCCCACUGUGUUGUGCUGACCUUUUAACCUAUUAUUCUAAGGUCAAUCUAACCCUUCCCUCCAACACAGCUCAUUUCUUAAAUGCCCCUAAAUGUAUCUGCUUCUAACAUACCCCUGGAGAUGGUGCUGUCUCCUAAAUUAGAUAGUUGCCCUUCCGAAUCUAUUUUCUAAACUUAACUCCGCUCCUCUCAUCAUAUAAUUUAACGACAUUAUUGAAUGUGUCCAAUACAAGCUGUUGGUCUAGCCCUGUUUUGU